GCAACAGCAAAGUGUAGAAGAUCCCUCGUCGGUCGUCAUCGUCGUCCUGCCUCUACCGCUCACCAUGGCAGACAAGGAGGCCGCAGAGCGAGCAGCACAAGCCGCAAGGGCUCGCAAACAGCUCAAGAAGCAUCAGCAGCAAAAGAAGAAGAAAGGUGACGGAGAUGCAACAGGAACAAAGGGCGAAGCUCCCACUACGGCUGACGUAGAGCAGGCCGAACAAGAUGCGCCAAAGGCCGAUGCAGCUCAGGGAUCAGACAAGAAGGAAGCUGUUGCUACAAUAGCUGAUAGAGCUGAAACGCCCAAACCCGAAAGCAACGGCUCCUCCUCUUUGCAAGCAACAAUAGCCACGCUAGUCUCUGAGAAGUCAGGUCUCGCUGACCAGCUCGCAGAGCUCGAGGCCAAGCUUCAACACGCAGAAGAGUCUUUGCGCGGAACAAUGGCCGACCUCGAGGAGUCAGAGAGCUUGAAAAGGCGAUUGAAGGAUCUGGAAGAGGAAGUCGAAAAGAGCAAAGCCGUCACCGCGAAGGAGGAGGCAGCGAGAGUACAGGCAGAAGACAAGAUCAGUCAAUUGGUGAGUCUUCGUUGUCGUUGCCGCAAGGGUCAGAACUUGGGGCUGAUCUGAGAUCACACUUCCUCCCUUUCAGUCGAAGAAUCUGGAGGUCGCAAAGCAGGAGCAAAGAUCGCUGCAGGACAGCCUCUCCUCGAAGCAGUCUGAGGUGACUGCUCUAGCCGCCAAGGCCUCCGAUGACACAGCCACCAAAGCUCUACAAAAGACCGUCUCAGAGGGAGAGCAACGGAUCGGUGUCCUCGAAAAUGAGCUAGCCCGGAGA